GGGGAGGGAGGAAGAAGAGAUGUGAGCCCUUUUGUCGGGCUCUGUAGACAGGCAGAACUGUAUCUUCAUCCUUGCACCCACAGGGACCUCAGUGUCGAUGCAGGACUGACACACGCCCAGUUCCAGGUCCGCCCGGUCCCUCAGCCCUAUCAGCAUUACUUAGCUACACCUCGGAUGCAUCACUUCCCCAGAAGCACAUCCUCAACACAGAUGGUUGUUCAUGAAAUCAGAAAUUACCCUUAUCCUCAGCUCCAGUUACUUGCUCUUCAGGGACUGAACCCAAGCAGGCACACAUCAGCCGUGCGGGAGAGCUAUGAAGAGCUGCUGCAGCUGGAGGACAGGCUGGGCAGUGUGAGCCGGGGGGCUGUCCAGAACACCAUUGAGAGAUUCACCUUCCCCCACAAAUACAAGAAGAGAAGACCACAGGAGGGUAAAGCUGAGCAAGAGGAUGGAGAGGAGUCAGACACUGAUGAGAAAUGCACAAUCUGUCUGUCCAUGCUUGAAGAUGGAGAAGAUGUCAGGAGGUUACCCUGCAUGCAUCUCUUCCACCAAGUAUGCGUGGACCAGUGGCUGGCCACCAGCAAGAAGUGCCCAAUCUGCAGGGUGGACAUUGAAACACAGCUCGGCUCGGACAGCUGAAAGAAUUGGCUGGACGCACCAUUUUCCUUAUCAGGUCGUAUGGCCAUAAACCCUUGCAGCAAAAUUUUUUGCCUUCUGAGCCAUUUGAUUGAGAGGAAAAGUCUGCAGGCAUGUUAGAGAGGGAGAGGAGGAGGUGUCAGUACAAUAUCUAGUGGUAGGAGAUAUUGCACAUGCGCAGGAUACGGGCCUGGUGAAAGGGAGCUGGCAUUCCCGGAGCUCAGAGACCCCAUGCUACAGAAGAUUUAGUGUUGAACAUGAAGGAACUAGUUGUGGUAGUCUGGCCUGUCAAUCCUGCAUUUCAUGAGGAUUGUAUAUAUACCUCUCGAAUACGUAGAAACAUGUUAUAGGGGUCCUUUAGCUAUUUCUAUGGAUGGCAGCUGGAGCAUGUUAGCUUAAGAAAUGUUGUGUUUGAUGCCCUACUCAUCUUGUGGUGGACAUGUUGCUGUUACCUAAUUUGCACCAAAUAUUUUUUCAUAGAUUCCUUAUGUUGGUGCCUGAUUAAUACAUUGCAAAAGGGGAAUGCAGAGGUCAAGCUUUCCCACCCUUGGGGGGAAGAGGCGAAAAAGCAAAAUCCUGUUUACAGUCAGAAGGGUUGCGCUCUUUUCUUCAGCCACGCGUGCUUCCUUUCCUUGCCUUUACAGUGUUGCAAAUUUAGAGAUGCUUAAAACACAUUAACAAAAAAAAAGAAAAACAAAAAAGAAAAACAAAAAAGAAAUGACAGACAAAUUGAAAAUGAAAUGAACGAAGCAAUAAGGAGAUGCUUCGUUCCUGCUGUUCUGCUGCUGCUGAAUGCUUUCUGUAGGGGCACAGUGUUGAGGUGGAUGCUGUUUCUUUGCUCUUUGUGUAGCUCAGCAUGCUGAAAUCCACGCUAGGCUGUGGGCUGUCUCCACGAUCUCUGUUAUCCAUUGUGAAUGAUCUUACUGAUAUGGUAAGCUGGAGGCUGGUUGGCUUCAGAGCACCGUGGCUCAAGUCUCCCCAGGGUUGGACAUCUCCUGUGAUUUAGGGUAUAGCUUCUCAGAAACAUUGCAAUAGGACAAAGAGAAAUGGUUUCAAACUAAAAGAGGGGAGAUGUAACCAGAUAUAAGGAGGAAGUCCUUUAUAAUAAGGGUGGUGAGGCCCUGGCACAGGCUGCCCAGAAAGG